AUGGAGUGUGCGGGGCAGCUUGGCCAGAUGGAGUCGUUCGAUGUUACUGCCAGCGACUGGACGGCAUGCAAGGAGAGGCUGACAUCUUUUUUAUUCAACAAGGUUCCCAACAGCGACAAGGCACACGCAUUUCUCAGCAUCAUCGGCCCGCGUACAGCUCUACUGGACAUCCCUGCUGCCGUGACGGUGCGCGACCUGAACCUACAGUACAGUAAGCGAGCACCUCCGGUCAUCGACGGCGCCAAUUUGACCGUACCUAAGGGUGUCAUCUACGGCCUCCUAGGCGCCAGCGGCUGCGGCAAGACCAGCUUUCUCAAGUGCCUGGUUGGUCUGAUCAAGCCGGACUCGGGCACGGUGCUCGUGUUCGGCAAGAAGCUGCACCAGGGACUCGUGCCUGGACCAGCCGUAGGGUACAUGCCGCAGGAGCUCGCUCUGCUCGAGGACUUCACCAUCGCGGAGAACAUGUACUUCUUUGGCCAGCUGCUGGGAAUGCCGUGGGAGCUCAUCUAUAGCAGGAUCAACUUCCUCAGCUCCUUCUUCCAGCUACUGCCCGCCAACCGAUUCGUCCAAAACCUCAGGUCGCGCUCAUGUCUCUGUUCGUGA